CGGGAGGAAGUGGGGGGGGCAGCCCCUCACUCUUCAGCCAGUCCCUGGAGAGAGAAGCCAGCCGCACGGAACUAAGACCCAGUGGGGACUGCGGGGAUCUGACACCCAGGAUUUAGUGGGAUCGGUCGCCAUAAGUCGUAAUCGACUUGAAGGCACAUAACAACAACAAACUCUUUCCCCAUCCUUGGCUGCGGCGAGAUUCCGGAUAGGCGCUCCGUUCGGCGGCAACGGCAAGGCGAGUGAGGGUCCUCCAGAGCUGGGGCUGCAGCCUCCAGAGGUUCAGAGUCCAGCAUUUGCGGAGGAGAAGAGGCAGCAGCUGCUAUGAUCCAGGCACUGGUGCUCCUGUUGCUGACUGGGAAUGGAGCCACGGCUACCAGCACCAAUCCCCGUCUGAAGCUCUCCUUCCACAAUCUGCGAAUGCGCCACGGACUGCACACUUAUGAGCUGGAACGCUCCUGCUGCUUUGACUCACUGCUGCUGGAUGAAGAGAGAGGACGGCUUUUCAUGGGCGGGAAAAACUACCUGGCCUCCUUGAGCCUAGACAACAUCAGCAAGCAGGACAAGAAGAUUUAUUGGCCGGCACCCGUGGAGUGGAGGGAAGAAUGCAACUGGGCAGGCAAAGACAUCAAUGCUGAGUGCAUGAAUUUUGUCAAGAUCCUGCACCUCUUCAACCGCACGCACCUGUACGUCUGUGGCACUGGGGCCUUUCACCCCAUUUGUGGCUUUGUAGAAGUGGGGCAGCGUGUGGAGGACUCAGUGUUUAAACUGGACCUGAAGAGCUUAGAGGAUGGCAAAGGCAAGAGUCCCUAUGAUCCACAUCACAUGGCUGCUUCAGUGCUGGCAGGUGAAGAACUUUAUUCUGGUGUGGCUACUGACCUGAUGGGCCGUGACUUCACAAUCUUCCGCAGUCUGGGCUCAAGGCCCUCUAUCCGUACAGAGCAGCACGACUCCCGAUGGCUCAACGAGCCCAAAUUUGUUGAUGUCUUCUGGAUUCCGGAGAGCGAGAACCCCGAUGAUGACAAGAUCUUCUUUUUCUUCCGGGAGACAGCAGUGGAAGCAGGCCAGGGAUUGGGCAAGCACACCUUUGCCCGCAUUGGUCAGAUCUGCCGGAAUGACAUGGGUGGGCAGAGGAGCCUGGUGAAUAAAUGGACCACAUUUCUGAAGGCCCGACUGGUGUGCGCGGUGCCAGGCAGUGAUGGGAGUGACACCCACUUUGACCAGCUCCGUGAUGUCUUUUUGCUGCCAACCAGGGACAAGCGUAACCCAUUGCUCUAUGCUGUUUUCACCACCUCCAGCACUGUUUUCAAAGGGUCUGCUGUCUGUGUCUACCACAUGAGCGACAUCCGCAGAGCCUUCUUGGGACCUUUUGCUCACAAGGAGGGGACCAACUAUCAGUGGGUGUCAUACCAAGGCCGGGUCCCUUACCCCCGCCCAGGAAUGUGUCCCAGCAAAACCUUUGGCACAUUUAGUUCCACCAAGGAUUUCCCUGAUGAUGUGAUUCAGUUUGCCCGCAACCACCCAUUAAUGUACAACUCGGUAUUGCCCCAUGGCCAGCGACCCAUCUUCCUGCAAACCAAUGUGGGCUACACCUUCACCCGCAUCGCAGUCGACCGAGUGGCUGCUGCCGACGGCCACUAUGAUGUCCUUUUUGUUGGCACAGACAUUGGCACAGUCCUGAAGGUCGUCUCGGUACCCAAGGACAGCUGGCAAAACAUGGAGGAGCUGCUGCUGGAGGAGCUGCAGGUAUUUAAGGACUCUUCUACAGUUACCAGCAUGCAGAUCUCCUCCAAGCGGCAACAGCUCUACCUGGGCUCCAGAACUUCCAUUUCCCAGCUGCCCUUGCAUCGCUGUGGGAUCUAUGGCAAAGCUUGUGCUGAAUGCUGCCUGGCUAGAGACCCCUACUGUGCCUGGGAUGGGACCAGCUGCACUCGCUACAUGCACAACACCAAGCGGAGAUUCCGGCGCCAGGAUGUGCGAAAUGGGGAUCCCAAUACAUUUUGCUUCGGAGAUCCCCAGCGAAGCAGCGUGCCAGAAAAGAAGCUAUACGGCGUGGAAGGCAGCAGCACUUUCCUGGAGUGCCUCCCUAAGUCACUGCAGGCCCAGGUUGUGUGGACAUACCAGAAAAGCAGCAGCGCCCCCCGGAAGGAGAUGUUGUUGGAUGACCGGGUCAUCAAGAUGGAGCGGGGAAUCCUGUUGCGCCACGUGCAGCGCAAAGAUGCUGGCCUCUAUCACUGCCAUGCCACGGAGCAUGGCUUUACCCAGAGUUUGCUGGACCUCCAGCUUGUAGUGAUCCAUGCCCAGCAGGCCGACUCUCUCUCCCUCUCCUGGGAAGAGGAACCCACACAACCCUUCCAUCGCAAGCUUUGGUACCAAGAUUUCUUACAGCUAGUGGAUCAUCCCAACCACAGCACCAUGGACCAGGUCUGCGAGCAACUGUGGAGCCGCAAGAGCCACCAGCCCAAGAAGAAGCCACCACUGCCCCUUCCGCUCAGUGUCAAGGCCAAGAGUCACAAGUGGAAGCACCUGGAGGAAAAACGGAAAGGCCGCAGCCGGAGAACACAUGAAGUGCCCCGUGCGGAAAGGGAACCCCGGAGCACUGACAUUUGGUGACCUGCGUGGAGCACAACUGGACAACCUCUAUGCUGGGAGGGGAGCAGGGUGGGAGUGUGGGGAAAGGGGUGGGAAAGGAUGCGGGACCAUGGUUUGGUGGAGAGGGCUUCCUUUCCAUGCUCCAGGCUGCUGCUCCAUAUGUAGUUUGUAGGGGAAGUGUUGUCAUCAUAGCAACUUAGGUGCCAUUCUUCAGAACCUGGCACAAAGUGACAGAACCUGACGGGGGAGGUUCUGCACCCCUGGCCUUUUCCAUAAUGCACAACCAAAGAUGGUGGCAGCAGUCUCCAGGGACCAAAGGAACCGAAAGGCCGUAUCCUGUGUGCCCCUGCACAGUGGGAAGUAAACCAGACAGGAUACACUACGAGAUGUGGUUCUUUUUCAUUUUCCCUCAAGGAUCUGCUGGUUGCCAAACUGUAAGCUUGGGACUGAGAGGCCCUCUAGCUCUGCAGCUUCCAUUAGUGCUCAGAAUCUUCCUCUGAAAAAGGACAGCCACCCUGAUGCAUCUUGCAAUGAUAGCUGAAUUCCUGGCCCCAAACGCUCUGUCAGUAAGCAAGGUGUCUAUCCCCUUUCCUGUCUCUCUCUUCCAUAACCCAACCUACCUGCCUUGUGUGCAUUAAGUGCAGCAAUGUGCUCUUGGCCUCCAGAGACACUGCAGAACCACUGAUGUAUUUAUUAACAGAUUGUUUACUGAUGAAUGUAAAUCCACCCCUAGGUGGCCCACCAGCAUUUAGCCUCUGACUGAAGGAUCAGGGCUGCUUGUUGCCCAAAGGACUAUGGGUACAUUUCUGAAAUUUUCUGGACAUGUGUGUGUUAAGGCGUUGCAUGUGGCAAUGAUGAUGCUAACAGCAGGAAAGAGAUGAGGGACCCUGGCAUAUCUCCUACUCACUCUUACCUAUUUGUAUAUGGGCCUUAGGGGAGUCUUCAUCGGUCUGAGAUCCCUUCAAAUGGCAGGGCAGUAAGAGAAAUAUCCCUGCCACAAGGAUCUUUCAGGUCAGCAGCACAGAGUGCAGUUAAGGAGCUGGUAAAGUAUUGAAGCUGAGGCCCGGUCAUGACACACUGAUUUAUGUAGGAUCCCGUUGAGCAGUGGAGGUGACCAUCUGCCCUUGCUUAGAGCCAUUUGCUUCCCAUGAUUACUCCCAGAGAGGUCACCACCGCAAAGCUUUGUUCUCUGCUUCAAUCUGCUCUGGGAGCUCAAGCCCAAGAGCCAAAGUCUAGCUGGAGCAAUAGCUGAAAGACUAGUGCAGCCUUCCCUAACCUGGUAUCUUCCAGACAUUUUGGACUGUAUCUCCCAUCAUCUCUGAUCAUUGGUCAUGUUGGCUGGGGCUGAUGGGACUUGUAGUCAAAACCAUCUGGAGGGCACCAAGUUGGAAAAAGCCUGGCUAGGCCCACUGAGGGCACUCAGAGAAAGACCUGCUGAAUCUUGACUCAUUUUGAAACUGCCUUGUGAGACACCUCUGAAGAAGGUCAAGAAUGAUGUGGUCUUGCAAAUGGAGUGAAUCUGCCCCUUAGAGAUAGAGAUCCGGGGAAAGCCUCAAUCUUUGUGCUGCUUCCUGUUCUGUACAGACACAGGAGGCCUCAGUCCCAAGGGGGUUGUAGGUAUUGACCUGGUAGUGGCACUGUGGUCUUGGAUUAGGAUUUGGGCAGUGGCUGAGACAGACCUGCUCUGUGACUUAAGGUGUAGAAGCUGUUUCUGUAGUGCCCAGUACAGUAGGAAAGGGUAUUGUCAGCACUACCCAGUCAACCUGAAAGCAGCUGUCCAGUGAAACAGAAAACAAAACUGGGGCCCACAGUCUUCAUGAACAAAGCAAAACUAAUUAUUAGUUAUUAAAUUCACAGCAAAAGUUCAAUACAAGGAAAGCAAGCUUUUGUAGCCUGUCUAGCUCUCAGCAGCUUAUUCUAUACCUGACGUUCUUGGGUUUGAGCUGCCCCUAAACUGUCCUACCAGUGAGGAAAGUCUGAGACAACCAGACCAUUUGAAGUCGUAAUGAAUCCUGAUACUACAUGACUUUUAAAAAAUAAACAAACAACUAAA